GUUUUACACGAGGUACUAACCAGAAUAGCGAAGGCAUGAGUGGGAUGGGAAGUUGUGACAAGGAGCAAUGCCUAAAUAAUAUUUGUUUUCGCAUUAUUCUCAACAAAGAAAAAUGUCUCUUGAAUUAUUCGUUACAAGUGUUACAAAAUUGAAAGGAAAGUACGACAGAUUUCUGAGAGUGACGUUUCGAGGUGUCUCCCAAGACUCUGAAGUCAGAGAAAAUUGUGGCAAUGAAGCUCAGUUCAGAAGUACCUUCAACUGGCCUUUGUCAUCACCACUUGAUGCGGACGAAUCGCUUGAAAUUCGAGUUUUCAACAGAAAUAAAGUAUUUCAAGAUAGGCUAAUUGGUGCGUACAGACAACGCCUCAAAGUUGUAGUUGCUCAAGGCCACUUUGAGAAUGCCGAGCCCUUGCUGUCACCAAAUCACAAACUCCUCCCUACUGAGGUAAAAUUUUCAGUGAGAUACUUGCAACCUACGGCGAUUGAUCUUUUUGCGGAUAACAUUGUUGGAAAUGAUGACACAAAGAGUCGGAAAUCAUACAAAUCGACAUAUACGACGUUCUCUAAUCGCAGUAUUACAGGCAUGGAUGGUGCCAAGGACACCACAGACCUGCAUGAUGACAAAGAAUUGUUUCACCCAAGAAUUAUGCCCCCCUCUAUGGUCAAUGCAACGUCAACCGAAUUCCAGAUCCAAGUUCGCGUCAUAGAGGCACGAGACUUGGCUGGUAUGACCCUGGAUCCUGUUGUCACGAUUACCCUCGGGGAAAUGAAGAAGAAUACGACAGUGAAACCUCAGACGAAUAAUCCAAUUUGGGAUGAGUAUUUCUGCAUGGAGCUCAUCAUGACGGAGACCCAAGCACUGGAUCAAAUGCUCAAGUUCGAUGUAUAUACUGGUCGGAAUAUCAUUUCCCAAGGAAGCAUCGUCGGCUCAUUCAAGCUGGACUUGUGGUACAUUUACAGACAACCAGAUCACUGCAUGUUUAGCAAAUGGGCUCCACUUGUCGACGGGGCCAACACAGAAUGCAGGGGGUACCUUCGAUUGGAUCUCUGUGUAUUUGGCAAAGGAGAUAUUCAAAGAGACCCUCCACCGAGAAAAGAUAAAGAUGAAGAUAUUGAGUUGAAUCUAAUCUACCCAGAAAACACCCUAUUGUGUAGGCCUGUUUUCAAAUAUGUCUUCAAAGUAUUCCGCGCAGAAGGCUUACCGCAGAUGAAUGCAAAAUUAAUGGCGAAUGUGAAAAAGGCCCUUACACGAAAGACGCAAGAUAUGGCGGAUCCGUUUGUAGAAAUAACUUUUGCUGGAAUCAAGGGGAAAACCUCUACCAAGAAGAAUACGUACAAGCCAGAGUUUCUACAGCAAAUUGUUUUUACUGAAUUCUUCCCGCCCUUGUGUAAGACUGUCAAAAUUCAACUGAAAGACAGCGAUGCAGUGUCAGACGAACCUAUUGGUACCUAUUUUAUCGAUAUUGAACAAAUUUCGAACAAGGGCGAUAAGCAUCUUGGUUUCAUGCCCAUGUUUGGCCCAUCGUGGAUUCACUUGUAUGGUUCAACAAGAGAUUACACGAUGUUUGAUGAGCACAUUGAUCUGAACAACGGAAUCGGUGAGGGUAUUUCUUACAGAGGUCGAAUUUUAAUGGAGAUGGAUUGCUUUGAAUGCGAGCCCGAUGAGACAGGGAACGUUGACGUGGAAGACGUCACAAAGAUGCCCGUUGAAGGGAAAACUAUCGGAAGAACAGAGGGAAAUCUUCUAUUUGCUACGUUUUAUGAAGCAAGUAUGAUACCCAAGAAGCUUGGCGACAAACCAGUUGAAUUUGAAGUUACUAUUGGUGAAUUCGGGGUAUACCUAGAAGAGGAACCUCCUCCGCAGAAAAACGGAAAACCUGGCACACCGCAACUCAACGCAAAGGAUAUUGAGGACGAAGAAGAUGCUCUAUUAAACAAAGGCGUCGUGGCCAAUACGAUGACUGCUCCGAUCCGCCCAGUGUGCCAAAAUAACGAGAAAUACUUCUCAAUUCCGUUUGGUUCCAAUAAACCGUGUACUUACGUCAAAUUUGAUUUUGAGGACCAGCGAAGGAGAACUUUCAACAAAAUUAUGCUGCAAAAAAUAUACAAUACUUUGGAGGAGAAUCUCGAGGAAUUGGUUGAACGUAUCCGUUUGGAGUUGAAAGGAACGUAUAGAUUAUUAAAAAGGUUCAUGGGGGACAUUGUCCAUAUGUGCAGUCUAUUUAUUGAGCUGUAUGAUGGCAAAAAGACUGGCAUUUAUCUUGGCAAAAACCCCUUGGAUAAAGAGCGAAUGCGAAUCUGCGUUAUUGAAGUGAAAAGUCUUUCAAUGACGGCUGCAAAAGUUGCAGAAGGAUGUAUGAGGAUGAAUCCAUUGAAUGAGAACCCGGCUCUUGUUCAAGAAUUCGUCCAGAAAAUCCAGGGAGUGUUGAGAAAACUCAAGCAAGUGGUGCACGAGCCACAGCAAACUCUUCCAGACAUUUUUAUAUGGAUGUUAAGCGGAGGCAAGCGCGUUGCAUACACGCGAAUACCAGCAAGUGAUGUUAUGUUCUCGAAAUUGGAUUUUGAGCGCGGGACUAACUCGGGAAGAGUGCAGACUAUAUUCUUGCGACUGCCUGGUAAGCGAGGCCACGGCGAAAAGGGCUGGGCGAUUCAGGCGAAAAUCGAAGUUCGAUUAUGGCUUGGGCUGCCAAAUAAAUACCCAGGGAUGUUUAUGAAGGACGUGCCAACUGGAUAUCAAGAUGAGGAUGAUAAUAUCGCUUUCUUUGUUCCUCCAAAGGAACUCAUUUACAAUGCCAAACAAAAGUUUAUUGUUCGUGCCCAUAUUUACCAAGCAAGAAGUUUAAUUGGAAGUGAUGAGUCAGGAUUAUCUGAUGCUUUCGCAAGGGUUAUCGUGACAAACCAAGCCCUGGAAACACAUGUCAUUGAAAAUACGAGGAGCCCAACGUGGGAUACUAUGCUCAAAUUUGAAGACAUCGAGUUCUGGGGUGAACCAGAGGAGUUUGCCGUAAAUCCCCCUGUUAUUGUUAUUGAAAUUUUUGACAUGGACAAAGAACUUAUUGGAAGUGGUAGUAUUGAAUUCAUAGGCCGUGCACUUGCGAAGCCUGUCGUCAAAGGUGCAGAAGAGCCUUACGAAAGGCCAUUUUUCCCACCAGUGCUGCAAUGGUUUCCGAUCUAUCGCGGAGACACAAAGGCAGGGGAACUCCUGGCUGCAUUUGAAAUGUUUCACGUAAAUGAACAUACUCUGCCGGAACACCUUCCGGUUGAUCCUCCUGAGGAAAACAAGGACGAUUUGCUGAAAAGGCCUGUUCCAGAUGAAAUCCGGCCUGUAAUGACAAAACAUCGUGUCGAGGUUAUAUUUUGGGGUGUUAGAGAAAUGAAGAGGGCCCAGCUGAUGAGCAUAAACCGGCCACGUGUUGACAUCGAUUGCUGUUACCCGACAAAAGACAAAGAAGGCAACGAGAAGACUUUCAUGGAAUCCACGAUCUGCAAGAGUGCUAGCAAGAAUCCUAAUUUUGAUAAUCCGGUUGUCCUAUUUGACGUGGAUCUUCCAGAUAAUAAGAAAUACAUACCCCCGGUGACGAUACGUGUCCACGAUAUACGUGCGUUUGGUAGACGGGUGUUGGUCGGGACACAUAUUAUUGAUACUCUACACAAGUACUUUAGAGAUAAUAAAACCUUUGUCAAAAAGGGAGAAGAAGUCGUGGACCCUAAAGCUAAAGGUGACGACAUGGAUGAUGACCGUGCUCCGGGGGCAGGAAUAUUAAUCGAAAUCCCAGAUGGAGAAGAAAAGCCCCCAGAGGAGGAGCCGAAAAAAAAGAGAAGGAAAGAGGAAGCUGAUAAAGACGAAGAAAUCCUGGAUUGGUGGACGAGAUUUUACGAGACAUUGCGAGACAUGGAAGAAGCGAACACGAAAAGUAGGAAGAAGAAGAAGAAAGGGAAUGAAGUGACUGGCGGGAAGAAGCCAGAAAAAUCUGACGUCCCGAGGCUCACGGUCUACGAAACGGAACUAGAGGAUAUUGAUGAAUUUGGCGCCUUCAAUGAUUUCAUGACAACAUUCAGUUUACUUAGAGGCAAAAAGACAGACGAUGAAGAUGACGAAGAGCGGAGGUUCAGUGGAAAAUUCAAGGGAAAUAUUCGAGUCUGGAAGCACCCUCUGCCUAAAGGCUUUGACCCUGAAGAUCCUAAAGGAACGUUUUAUAAGCUGCCAAGUAAUGAACCGAUCAAAGUGCUAGUUCGUGUCUACGUCAUAAGGUGCCUAAAUCUACACCCAACUGAUCCCAAUGGAAAGGCCGAUCCUUAUCUUGUCGUUCAAGUUGGCAAGAAAAGCAUUAAAGACAGAGACAACUAUGUCUCAAAGCAACUUUCACCGGAGUUUGGGAGGGUUUUCGAAUUCAAAUCAGUGCUGCCAUUUGAUAAUAUGCUGACAGUGCAGGUUUAUGACUGGGAUCUUAUGAGUGGCGACGACCUUAUUGGCGAGACCAAAGUCGAUAUUGAAAAUCGGUUCUACAGCAAACAUAGAGCGUCUUGUGGUUUGCAGAAAGACUAUGUCACACACGGCUAUGCAAAAUGGCGAGAUCCACAAAAGCCAUCUCAAAUAUUGACAAAGCUGUGCAAAGAUGAGGGUCUUGAAGGGCCUAACUUCGACAAUGGCAUCUGCUCGAUUGAAGGCAUACCCUUCGAGGGUUCUCCCACUGUAAAAGACGCAAAAGGGCGCGAGAAACCCUCGGAUGAGCCAUGUGCGCUGGUUGCUUUGCACAGGUUUCAUGAAAUACCAGAUAAAGGCUACCAUCUUUGCCCUGAAUACGUCGAAACGAGGUCGCUUAUAAACCCUGAAAAACCAGGAUUAGAACAGGGAAGAGUUCAAAUGUGGGUUGAUAUGUUCCCAAUGGAGCUCACAAUGCCCGGCCCACCCACUGACGUCACGCCUAGAAAGCCAACUGAGUACGAGCUGAGACUUAUUAUAUGGAAUACAGACAGCGUACGGCUGGAGGAGACCAACAUCAUAACUGGAGAAGCAAGCAGUGAUAUUUACGUCAAAGGCUGGCUAGAGGGUAAUAGAGAGUUCAGGCAAGAAACAGAUGUACACUACCGAUCGACUGAUGGUUCUGGAAUGUUCAACUGGAGAUUCGUUUUUCAAUUCAUGUUUCACAAAUCAGAAGAAAAGAUUGUCACAAAGAAAAAGGCUAGUAUUUUUUCGGUUGAUGUGACUGAAGAGAAACACCCGCCGAAUCUUUAUUUACAAGUUUGGGAUGCAGAUCUGCUUUCAGCUGAUGACAUGCUAGGUGACAUCAUCAUGCCAAUAACACAUAUACCGAACCCUGCGAAAACAGCAAAAUCCUGCAGUUUGAAGAUGCUAGAAGAUGGUUAUGUAACUGGAUCAAUUAUAAAAGCCAAGCAUAUGAAAGGAUGGUGGCCGUUUCAGUAUAACCCUGAUGAUGAUGAUGACCCGAAUCCUAUACUCGCUGGAAAAGUUGAAGCUGAAUUCGAGUUGCUUACGAAAGAAGAUGCAGAGGCAGCACCGGCGGGGAAAGCCAGGGAGGAGCCCCAACCACUCGCUAAACCAAAUCGACCUUCCGACGCACUUGGGUUUUUCAUGAGUCCACUCAAAAUGCUUGGCUUUUUGUUCAACUCCUUCAAAUGGUGUCUCCUAAAAUUCUUCAUCAUCGCACUAAUUUUGCUUCUGCUUGGAUUAUUCUUCUACUCUAUGCCGGGCUACACUGUAAAGAAGCUUUUCAAAGUUUAGAGGAACUGAAUAAAGGAUACUCACAGAUCACCCAAACACCAAAAUGGCUCAGUCUGAAAAGAUACGUUUCAACUCGUUCUUCUAUCUUAUAGUUACACUUACAGUGCGAUGGUAUUACAACAGAGUAAAUGUGGCGCAGACGGUAAUGACACAAAUUUUUAUUCAGUUUCGUACAUACCAAC